AUGCUCCCAGGCGCGUUUGACGAAGCAAGUGUCCGGCAUAUCUCAUCGCGCAGGCAAACGAAGGUGUCUCGUGCCAACUUCUGGUCCCAACCUCAAGAUCUCAGGAAACUUAUCGUCUCCUGUGCGCACUUCGUUCUCGGCGACAUCGGGAAUCCUAGCCUAUUCGUGAGCAAGCUGUAUAGGGACUCGGUUCACUGGUGGCUACCAAUAAUUGACCCUGCAAGACUCGCUCAAGCGAUCUCGGAUUACAUCAAUCAUAAAUCUGCCGAGACUGCUGUUCUGUUGUUACACAUCUCCCUCUUUGAUGCGCAAGCAGCAGCAAUAGAGGCCAAGGUGGAUACUUCUUCAUCCUCUCUCUAUGGUGUAUGCAAUUUCGUCUUCAUGCUUCUACGCAAGAUCCGGGGCUCACCAAUUGCCAAGUUACAAUCAGGCAUCCUGCUCGCCGUUUUCGAAAUCGGAGAGGGGCUUCUAUCGAACGCAUACAAUACCCUGAGUAUCUGCGCUCAAAUAUGGCGCGAGAGCAAUAGCAGUUGCCCCGCCGCAACGACCGACAGUCUUCCACAAAGUGUUGAAAUGAAAAUAUUACAGUCUGCAAUUUAUCUCUUGGAUAGACUCCAUUAUUCUUUCAGUGAAUCGCCAAGGCCGUACUUAGUGGAAAAGCUACCUGCCAAUCACGCGUUCUACACUCUCGAAGCCGAGAUGGAGCAUCCGCCGGCCAUUGAAUUGGCUAUGGCAUCGCUCGGAACCAAGAGCAAGUAUCACCGACGACUUGUCCAUCUCAUGCACCAGGCGCAAGCAUGUGGACUACUAGAGAGUGUGGCUCUGUUAGAGAACCCGAAUUCAAGCGACGUGCUGGCCCUGGAUUACUUACUCCAGACAAAGCUCACUGAGAAUUUUGCGGUGAGAGAGGAUGAUUGGAUCCUACCUUAUUUUUCUACGGCUAUCCUAUUAUUAGCUUUAAUCGAAUUGCAUCUAAAAGCCAUCAAAUCUUGUUCUCAUUCUAGAGCGUUCUCUUCAUUGGCUAUUGAUUCAGUAUUGAACACGACCAGGGAUAUCACGAGAAUGGAUGACAUCAACAAUAUCAGAAGGAUGCCACUGGCUGCUGUAUUACUGCUACGGAGGACCGUAAAAGCAACUAGCAUGUUGAAAUCAGCCCUGGACUAUCAUCCAGAUACCGAAAUGCUAGAAGAUCUGGCUGGAUCUUUGCGGCGUGCCAAAUUUCAAUGGAGAAUAGCUGGCAAUACGGACAUUUGA